AUGAAGCUCGGCUUGACCUCUCUCUUCGUCUCUUAUGCAUGUGUCCACGCUGCCUUUGCUCAAACUGUGUAUCUCGCAGGCGAUUCCACUAUGGCAAAAGGUGGAGGAGGCAAUGGCACUGAUGGUUGGGGUCAAUACCUUGCCCAAUAUCUGACAAUCCCGGUUGUGAACAGUGCUAUUGCGGGAAGAAGCGCGCGAAGUUUCACCGAUGAGGGCCGUUUUACGACACUAAUCAACACCGUGAGCAGUGGCGACUACGUCGUCAUCGAGUUCGGUCAUAACGAUGGCUCCGCUGGAGCUGUGGACAAUGGCAGGCAGGAGGCUGUCGGUGACGGAUAUAACACGACAUCUACUGUGACGACAUCAUCUGGCUCGCAGAUUGUCAUUCACACGUACAAUUACUAUGUCCAAAAUGCUGUCACCUCGCUUCAAGCGAAGGGCGCAAUCCCAAUUGUAUCUUCACAGACCCCGGAUAACAUCUGGGCCAAUGGGGUCAUCAACGGCGCUUCUCGGUUUGUUGGCUACGCGCAGACGGCCGCAUCCCGCACCGGCGUGACGUAUGUUGACCACAACGGCUACACCGACCAGGCCUACAACGUGCUAGGCGAGACGACAGUCGAUACUUACUACCCUAAUGACCACACACACACUUCGCCAACAGGCGCAAAUGUAGUUGCGGAGGCCUUUGUUCGGGGGCUGCUAUGUGGAAGUAACUCGCUGAAAAGCAAAGUCAACUCGAAUGGCCAGUCUGCUCCUAAUGGCUGUAUUUAA